UUUUCCUCAGCCACCCUUCCCCCACGUCUUUUUCGUUCGCUCAAGCAGCUGCUUUGUUGGACUGCUCGCCCGUGCUCCCUUCGCCUGGUGCGCGGUGGGAAGGAGGUGGAGCCACACGUGAUCAGCAGCAGCGGCCCCGGUUGGCAGUCGAGCGAGCAGGGCGGUUGGUUCCGGCUCGGACCGGUUGGGGCUGGUUUUCCCCGCGCAAGCGCAGCCCGCCUCGGUUAGAGAGCAAAGAAGGGCGAUGGCGGCGGACGGGAGUCCCGGAGCGGGCCUGGCGGGGAUGGUCGACGAGGCGCGGGGGGAGCCUCAAAGCACACCUGGCCCCAGCCCUGUGGCUCCCGUCGCCUCGCCCAACGAGGCGUCCCCUGCGAGACCCGACCCGGCGGGCCCCGAAGCGGAUCCCGACAGCAGCUCCGGAGCUGUGGGCAACGGAGGCCUUCGGCGGUUCCUUUGCGGCGUCGUAGAAGGAUUUUAUGGAAGGCCUUGGGUUAUGGAACAGAGAAAAGAGCUUUUUAGAAGACUUCAGAAAUGGGGACUGAAUGCAUACCUAUAUGCACCAAAAGAUGAUUACAAGCACAGGAUGUUUUGGCGAGAAAUGUAUUCUGUGGAGGAAGCUGAGCAGCUCAUGACUCUCAUCGCGGCUUCUCAAGAAUAUGGGAUAGAAUUUAUCUAUGCUAUCUCUCCUGGACUUGAUAUUACCUUCUCAAACCCGAAAGAAGUUUCUACAUUGAAACGCAAGCUGGACCAGGUUUCUCAGUUUGGCUGCAGAUCUUUUGCACUGUUAUUUGAUGAUAUUGAUCAUAAUAUGUGUGCAGCCGACAAAGAAGUGUUCAGUUCCUUUGCACAUGCCCAGAUCUCAAUCACUAAUGAAAUCUUCCAGUAUCUAGGAGAGCCAGAAACAUUCCUGUUCUGUCCCACAGAAUACUGUGGCACUUUCUGCUAUCCAAAUGUUGCUCAGUCUCCUUAUUUACGAACUGUAGGGGAAAAGCUGUUACCUGGAAUUGAUGUGUUAUGGACAGGUCCCAAAGUGGUAUCUAAAGACAUUCCAGUGGAGUCCAUUGAAGAGGUUUCAAAGAUAAUUCGCAGAGCUCCGGUCAUCUGGGACAACAUUCAUGCCAACGACUAUGAUCAGAAAAGGCUGUUUCUUGGUCCAUAUAAAGGUCGAUCAACAGAACUCAUCCCACGCUUAAAGGGAGUCCUGACCAAUCCAAAUUGUGAAUUUGAAGCCAACUUUGUUGCUAUUCACACCCUUGCAACCUGGUAUAAAUCCAACAUGAAUGGAGUGAGGAAAGAUGUUGUGAUGACUGACACUGAAGACAGUACUGUUUCAAUUCAGAUUAAACUGGAGAAUGAAGGCAGUGAUGAAGAUAUUGAAACAGAUGUUCUCUAUAGCCCACAAUUGGCCUUGAAGUUGUCAUUAACAGAGUGGCUACAGGAAUUUGCAGUACCUCAUCAGUACAGCAGCAGACAAGUGGCCCACAGUGGUGCUAAAACAAGUGUUGUGGAUGUGCCUCUGGUUACACCAUCCGCUUUAAAUUCUACCACUGUAAUUACUACUGUUUACCAAGAGCCCAUAAUGAGCCAGGGAACUGCACUAAGCAAUGAAUCGCAGGUUCUAGUCAAAGAGGAAGAAAAAAAGCAACUGGAUGAGGAGCCAAUGGACAUGGUAGUGGAAAAGCAAGAGGAUUCUGACAAGAAUAUCAAUCAAAUAUUGACUGACAUUGCUGAAGCAAAAAUGUCAGAAGAGUUAAAACCAAUGGAUACGGAUAAAGAGAGCAUAGCUGAAUCAAAAUCUCCAGAGAUGUCAAUGCAGGAUGAUUGUGGUGAUAUUGCACCUAUGCAGACAGAUGAGCAAACUAACAAGGAGCAGUUUGUGCCUGGUCCCCAUGAGAAGCCGUUAUAUGCAGUAGAACCAGUAACUCUAGAAGAUCUACAAUUGCUUGCAGACUUGUUCUAUCUUCCAUAUGAACAUGGAGUCAAAGGGGCCCAAAUGUUACGAGAGUUCCAGUGGCUCAGAGCAAACAGCAGUGUUGUUAGUGUGAAUUGUAAAGGAAAGGACUCUGAAAAGAUUGAAGAAUGGCGUGCUCGAGCCGCCAAGUUUGAAGAGAUGUGUAGCUUGGUGAUGGGCAUGUUCACUCGUCUUUCCAACUGUGCCAACCGGACAAUCCUCUAUGACAUGUACUCAUACGUCUGGGACAUCAAGAGCAUCAUGUCUAUGGUGAAAUCUUUUGUGCAGUGGCUAGGGUGUCGUAGUCAAUCUUCAGCACAGUUCUUAAGUGGAGACCAAGAACCCUGGGCCUUUAGAGGUGGUCUAGCAGGAGAGUUCCAGCGUUUGCUGCCUAUUGAAGGAGCAAAUGACCUCUUUUUUCAGCCACCUCCUCUUACUCCGACUUCCAAAGUUUACACCAUCAGACCCUAUUUCCCUAAAGAUGAGGCAUCCGUGUACAAGAUCUGCAGAGAAAUGUAUGAUGAUGAAACUGACCAGCCUUUCCAUAGCCAGCCGGACUUAAUUGGAGACAAGCUGGUAGGUGGUUUGCUGUCCCUCAGCCCAGAUUACUGCUUUGUCCUGGAGGAUGAAGAUGGCAUCUGUGGCUAUGCACUGGGCACCGCUGAUGUAACUCCUUUCAUUAAGAAAUGCAAAAUUGCCUGGUUUCCUUUCAUGCAGGAGAAAUACAGCAAGCCAAGCGGUGAUAAGGAGCUAUCAGAGGCAGAGAAAAUUAUGCUGAGCUUCCAUGAGGAGCAAGAAGUUCUGCCAGAAACAUUCCUUGCCAACUUCCCAUCACUGAUAAAGAUUGAUAUCCAUAAAAAGGUGACUGAUCCAAGUGUGGCUAAAAGCAUGAUGGCGUGCUUGCUCUCUUCUCUGAAGGCAAAUGGCUCCCGUGGGGCUUUCUGUGAAGUGAGACCAGAUGAUAAAAGAAUCCUGGAAUUUUACAGCAAACUGGGAUGCUUUGAAAUAGCUAAAAUGGAGGGAUUUCCAAAGGAUGUCAUUAUUCUUGGAAGGAGCUUGUAAGGAGACUGUCUGUUAACUUUUGAUACUGUAAUCACGUAAUGGUUGGAGAGCCUGAGGUUUUAUCUUGUUGCUGUUCCAUGCAAAGGCAGCAGUCAGCUGGCCUGACAGGAGCUAUGUGAAAAUUCAUCCAUUACCCUUUCUGAGAUGCUGCUCAAAACAUUAUUUGGAAAAUGGAUACUGGUCACCCUCAUUUCCUGGUCUUAAGCAAAGUGCCAAGGAGUACUGCAUAUUAUGUAGAGAGUCACAUGAGUUCCCAAAAAGGUACUGGUGGCAGUUCCAUGCAUCCACCUCUGUACUCAGCAGAAUGGCUGUCUUUUCCAGAAAGUCCUGACAUGAAAUAGUUCUUCCCUGUGUCCUGUUCUUGAAGUGGGAUGAGAGAGAUGAACAUGGGAUCUUUCCAAUUACAGAAGGAAAGAGGGUGCCUGUGUUGGCCAGCUUAAGGACAAACAAACACUGAUGACUCUAGGUUUUGUUGAUUGUCAUGCUUGCUGUUAGGGAAAUUGAAUGACCAUCACUUCUAAAGAAUUGGUUAAGCUUUGUGCUUCAUAGGGAUAAAAACUGUGCAUUUGUCUGUGGCAAAGUCACUCAGUGGCAGAAGUGUAAAUUUCAGUGUGUAAAUAUAUAUAAACUCACUGUAUGCUAAUACUUUGUGUUUAAUCGUUUUAGUAAUUUUGCUUUCUGAAGCAAAGCGGUAUUCUGAGACAGCACCUUUGAAUAAUGUCAAACCACAAGAGAGGCUGAUGCCAACUUCACUACAGGCCUUUUCUACCGUGCCUCGUGCCCUUCAUUAGAAAUGCCGCUUUGUGGGGAAAUGAGUGCUGAUCGAGAAGGGCCGUUCCUUUAGAGAACAAACUCUUCAAAGGUGGAGAGGACACUGCCUCCUACUGGGGGAAAGCUGGUCAGAGGGCAACCUCAUGAAAUCAUUUGAUGCCCCUGACAGCCAGCCAGAUUGCCUAUCCAGACUGGUUGGGUGGGUGGAAUACUGCAAUUUACAGCUUCCACCUUUCCAUGUCAGUCGUUCUGACUAAAUCAGGGUCUUCUAGUCAUGCACAUUUGUGACAGACUUCUUUGUGGACAAAAAUAAGCACAUUUUACAGAUUUAAGUGGUUAUCUAAUUUUAUUAUCACUGCAUUUAAGUUGUCCCCUGAAAUCAGAUAAGUGGAAUCUGCAUGGCUUAGGAAUAUUAGUAAGUCCAUAACUUGGAAGGAGUUUUUACUGUUCCAUAUAAUGCCUUGUUCCCGUGAGGCAGGCAGUCAACAUUACACCGCCUUUUUCUCAUCUGCUACAGUCAACUGCUUUUGCUUCCUUUGAAAAUAUUCCCUUCUGAAAGGAUUGAGUUUAAUCUUUUUUUAAAACCCUCUGUGUAAACUUUGAAGAGGUUUUAUACACUUUUUCAAAUGAAAUUUUACUGUUUGUGUACUUUGCAGCCUCUUCCGAGAUGCUGGUGUUCAGCCUUUGUUAUAUGUUCACUAUGAGAACAGUUUUAAUAGCAAGUUAUUUAAACUGCAGCAAGUACAUUUCAUUUGGAGUGCAAGGCAUCAAACCAUAAUGAUAGAGCUUGCAUAAUUCCAAAUUGGUCUUCAUGAGGAUUCUAUGGCUUUGAGUGUAUGCAAAGCAGCUAGCUAGCCACUUGGUUUAGUUUUAAUUAGAUCCCAGAGAAAACAUCUGGAUUCAUGGCAUUAUACAUUUCAGGGGAGGGGGGGGUAUCUUGGUUUUUAUACUGUUAACAUAAACUUAUGAAUUUAUCACUGUUAAGUUAAUUGUGUGAUGGUCUUGAAAGUCUGGGUCAGUCUCUCACUCUAGAGUUGUAAAGUGAUGCAGUGACACAACUUUCAUGGUUAUCAGUUUUCAUUGUGUACAGUUGGAAUGCCACUUUCAUGACUGUCUUUAGACCUACUGUAUCUGUAGCAGAACAAUGGACUGUGUAAAAUUGUAUUUGAAGACCAUGUGAGAAAUAGAAUAAAUUGCAAAGUGAAUGUAAAGACUCGUCUCUGUAUAAUGCUGCAGAAUGAGGAAAAGUGGGUGGAGAAGAAUAUUCUUCAUACUGUGUUUUAGAGCAUUCUGCUGAUUAUGCUGAAGAGAUGGCUUUUAGUACAGCAGAUUUGCUUUUGAGCUGUGUUCAUUGCUGCUGAGCCUAAACAUUGCUAUUUUGUAAAUACCCUUAUUAGCAUGGGGAGGAAGCAUAGGGAACUUCUGAAGGUUUAUUUGUGUUGGGCGGGUGUAAUAAUCUACGAUGCUAUUCGGAGGUCAAAUAUAAUGUAUUUUUAAAUAAAAGAAUCAGAGCAAUUAAAAUUAUAUGAUGAAGCUAGUGGUGGCCAGUUUAUGAUUGAGGCUGGCUAUUUAUUUCAUUUUUUUACCCUAUUCAUUCCUUUUAUUUGUAUGUGGCUUUUCCACAAAAAAUCAUGCUCAAAGUGACUUGCAACCAAGAAAAUAGGAACACAUUUCAAACAAACAGUGUAAAAACAAUUUCAUGACAACAUAGCAAAAUAGCCAUUUCAAUACCAUAAAUAUAACAAGAUUACUUAAACAAUAUGCAGCAUCCAAUAGCAAAAAUAACAAGGGAGCUUUAUAGUUUCACCUUACCGUGGUCCUAGAAACAUCCCUUCCAUGAUGUUGUCCUGCAGCGACUUGCAAGGCUUAGGGCAAGACCCCUCCCAUGAUGCUAAAAUUUAUACGCCACUUGACUGUUAAAAACAAAACAAAAAAGAGGUUUUGAAGGUGGGAGGAGAUGAGACAUUCAGAAGCCUACUUAAUGUACUGUCCCAAACCUUUGAUUUCUUUUCCAUUAAUACUGGACAUUAUUAGGAUUCUAACAAACUGCUUCAUCCAAGGCAUUUAAGUAUCUCUCCCCCUCCUUCCUAAUUUGCUGUAGAGCUUAAGAUUGCAUGAAGAGCAGAAUAGUUGUGUGUUUUAUUGUGACAUCGCGUUUCUAUACACAGACAAAUGUGGGGCAAAGUGAGCAAAGGGCCCAGAGCAUUGAGCUUCUUAUGGAGUUUUUGGCCAGCGUUACUCUGCUGUUUCAAUGCAAUGAAAAGCAUGAUGAACACAAAUACAUUCAUUAUCUAGAACAGUUAGCCUCUCAUAAGAAAACAACUUGUUAAACUCAUCACUCAUGUUAGUCUCCAUUGUUUUGGAGUAACUGAACUUAGGAAGCAUUAGCUUAGGAGCCCUUCCAUUUAAGAGGCUGUUUUCCUGUCCAGAUGGCUUAGCUCCCUAUUACAGUGUGGCCUAUCCCGCUUAUAGAAAGCAAGUGACUUGAAUCCAAGAUCCACUAUUUCUUUCCAGCAGGAAAGGAGUGGAGCAUCUGUCAAGUUCUUGGCUCAUCUCCCCACUCCCUGCUUUUAAUCCAAAGAGUGUCAAUGCUCAGCUCUGUUGGUUGUGGCAAAUAUGCCACUCAUCUUCUUCUCAGAUUCCACAGGGCUUAAAUUAGGAAUCAUUCCGUAUCAAAAAUUGUCUUUUACUGGACAUAUGGAACCAGUGCUAAUUGCAUGCACGUUGGCAGUUGUGCAGAUUUUAAAAUGUUUUCUCCUAUUUGCUUGUCUAGUCUUUUGUAUUUUUUGAUUCCCUAUUCCAAACCUUAAUAAAGUCUUUGAUUUGGAACUUGGAA